AACAGAGAUAGACAGAUUCUCAAUAGAUAUGAAUCAUGUCAAGGAAAAAUGGGGUUGGGUGGUGAGAGUGCUAGGCGCACUCCCAGACAUCUGGGUCCCAUCAUCAUCAUCAUCACCAUCACCAUCAUCACUCCCCUUCACCUUCUUCUCCUUCUUCUCCAACCCAACCCCAUUUCUCUCAUUUCCCAUAUUUCCAUCUUUACUUCUCCUCUCACACCAUUUUUCUCUCUAACCUUAAAGACUCAAACUUUAUUCAUCAAAAGCUCUGUUUUUUUCUUUUUUUUUUUAAUGAAAGGAACUCUUGGUCUUCUGGGUAGCUCUUCUAAUGAGGAGUCAUCAGUGGGAAAAGUAGUAGCUGAUACUAAGGUUGAAGAAGAGUAUGUGGGUAUGUCAUCUGAAGUUGAGUCGGAUCUUGAACUGGGUUUGGGGCUAAGCCUUGGUAGUUGUGUUGGUGGGAAAUCAUCUAAGCCGUCCACUUGGGGUGAGUGUGGUCGUAUUUUGAUGGCUAAGGACUUCCCUUCUUCUCGUGGACCAAACUCUCGUUUGACUAAUAUUAAGACUGGUUCUGUUGCUGUUGGGACUAAAAGAACUGCUGCUGACUCUGUUUCUCAAGAUGGUGGCUCUUCUCCUCCUAGGGUCAGUCAGGUUGUGGGUUGGCCACCAAUAAGAGCUUCAAGGUUGCAUAAUCAAUCAAAGAGUUCAAGGACAGGUGAAGAUGAGAAGGUGAUUGGAGAAAAAGAAAAAUCUAAGGAGGGUUUGAUGAAGAAGAAGAAUAAUAAUAACAAUAAUGAUGUUAAUGGCAAAGAACAAGGGCAUCUUGGUUAUGUCAAAGUCAAUAUAGAUGGUGUAGCUAUAGGGAGAAAAGUUGACUUGAGUGCUCACUCUUGUUAUGAAACUUUAUCCCAAACUUUGGUUGACAUGUUUUUCAAACCAAAUUUGACUGUCAACUUGAAUGGGUUAAAUGGAGAGAAGGAGCAAGCAGCAAAAUCUUCCAAGCUUUUGGAUGGAUCUUCUGAGUUUGCUUUGACUUAUGAAGACAAAGAUGGUGAUUGGAUGCUUGUAGGAGAUGUCCCUUGGGGGAUGUUCCUCGGCUCGGUGAAAAGGCUGCGAAUCAUGAGAACUUCUGAAGCUAAUGGACUCGCAGCUCCAAGAUUUCAAGAAAGGAAUGAAAGACAAAGGUGCAAACCGAUAUAGAAUGAUUUUCUACUUUCUUUGUUCCUUUUCUUUAUAAUGUGCCACAGUUUUUACAACAGAAGCAAAGUAGUAGAGAAGUUGAUGAGAUAGUGUUUUGCUGAGAUUGGUCUUCACAACCAGUUUUAUAUGUUUGCUCUCUCUUUUUUUUUUGAUUUUCCAAAUAUAUUUUUAUUUCAUUUUGGUUUAAAAACCACUCUUUGGUUCUUCUUGUUGCCUUUAAUCUUCUUUUUUAUGGUGAAAUAUUAGGGCUAUGUUAGUUUUUACUUUUACAACUUCAUAUACAGUGCUAGCAGAACAGCCUGCUUACUUGGUUAACUGCUGGUUUUCUCAUACUGUAAAUAUUGGAGUAUCUUUAUAUAUAUAUAUAUUAUAUCUCUAGAGUGUUUUAGUUUGUUGAAAGAAACAUCUUGGUGUUGUUUUGAUUAUUGUUAAAAAAAUCCUAUUAUUUUUGGUUGUGUUU